AAUGGGUGAAGAAUAUGGAUUUGACAAAGAUAGAUUCUUAAAUUACAAUCAAGACAUCUUUGAUUGUCCAAUAUGUUCAUGUGUUGCUAGACUUCCAAAAGAUUGUAGUUCAUGUGGCACAGUAUAUUGUGGACCUUGUGUUGACUCAUGGCUAAAAAAAUAAUCGUAAUUUAUUUUAUUAAUUAAUCUAGUGAAUGUAUUAAUAGAUGUCCUAAAACAUCUUGUAUAUCGAAUAUUUAAAAAUCACUUAAAAAAAUAUAUGAUGAUCUUGAACUUAAAUGUAUAUUAUUAAUCAGAAAGUAGGUUCUUAUUGUCCUAAGUCAUUUAAAAUAGGAGAUAUUGAUAAGCAUGAAUUUAAUUGUAAAUUACCAAAAUGUAUUAAUUAUGAGAUCUGUGGAAAUACAAUUGGAACAUCUAAUGAAUUUGAAAAUUAAAAAGUAAAAUCUAUUUAUAAUAUGAGGUUUGUGAUCAAACAUGUCUUGUAUUGAGUAAAAUUAAAUAAAUGAAGAGCAAACAUGAUCUCUAUUUAUACUUAAAAUAGUAUUUAAAUGAAAAAUAAACUGUGUUAAGUAAAAUAAUAAUUCACAUUAGAUAUGUCUACUAACUUGAGUCUAGAUUAUACAAAUUCAAAUAAUCUUAUUUUUAAAUGGGAUAAAUAGAGAAUGGGUACAGGCAUAACAAUAUCUGAUGGAGAUACAAGAAUAUUUUUAAAAGAAUAAGCCUAUAUGUUUAGAACUGCAAUAGCAACUUUUGGUUUUGAAAAAGGUAUUGGAUAUUGGGAAAUCGAAGCAGAUGAAAGAACUGAAAAUGAAUUAAAGAUUGGAGUAUCUACAUCCAGAGACUUUAAUUAUAAUACUGCAUUUUGUGACUUUGAAUUUGGUUGGGCUUAUUAUGGAUUGGCAUAGGUAUUAAAUCAAAUUUACAAAUUAAUAGUUGCGUCAUAAUAGCAAUGCUACUGGACCUUCUUUUGGAAAGAGAUUUAAGAAAGAGGGAGUAUUAGGAGUUUGCUUAAAUAUGAAUAAUGGAACUUUAAAAUUUAGUUUAAAUGGAGAACUUAUGGGAACAGCAUAUACUGAUGAAAAGUUGAAACAAGGACCCAUUUAUCCAGCAGUUUCAUUACUUCACUGUGCAGGAUGUAAAUUAACAACUGGUAAGCCUCUUCCAAAUAUAUUCUUGAAUUGAU